CGAUACGGUGUAAGGUGUCAGUGGCUCUUUAAACCCCCAACAACUGGAAGAGGAGGAACUAUUAUAGGACUGCACCAGCCUUCGUCAGGUGUGGACGUCUCUCUCUCGCCUGAGCAUCAGUGACCAGUUUUUCCCUUCUUUGUCUGGGACGCUUGUCGUCAACUUAUUCUGUCUUCUGAGCACUUUACAAGAGUGACAUUCAUCAGCUCUAUUAUUCCGCUCUGCGGAUAUUAUUGGUCAACGGUUUUGGUGGGAAGCCGGUUCCUGAACUCGGGCGAAAGUGUAGGCGCCCUGUUCUGCUGAGGCUUGGUGAAGAAAAAAAAUCCACCUGGUUUACUUGGAAACUUCUAAUUUCUGUUUAUUGUUCCAAAAGGACUCUUGUUUUCAUUUUUUUUAUCGUCCAGAUUUGGCCAAUAUCUCCUCCGUGUAUUGGGAAGCAGAGCUCGAUACGACGUACACCGUCAGUGGCUUUAACAAACCCAACCAGAAGAAGAAUUUUAAUUUAACAAGUACUUAACCCAGGACGACUUUAGUGAUGUAUGGAAGUAUGAUUCUGCCCUGAGCAUCUAUUGCAAAUUUUCUUUUAAUUAAUUGGACGCUUGUCCUCGUCUACCGGCAACAUAAUUAUUGCUAGAGUCUUGAUGCCGGGGAGGGAAGCUAGAUACAAGAUAUUCUAUCAAUCCUUCCUUAACUUAGAUCUAUCUGAUUGUUUCCAUUCCAUUACCACUGGCUGUAUGUCCCCUACGGGUUUAACGCGUCCCCUCUCCCCAUGAGUUCACGGUUCUGAGGGUAACGCCGCAGCCGGUCACCGACACACAAAGGGUAUUAUAUGGACCAAAAAAUUCCAAACUGGAUCAAUUUUAAAGAAAAAUUUUAACUUUAAUUCCGCCUACAUCUGUUAAAAGAAACUCCACAAGGACCUGAAAAGUUGGACGGUAGUAUGGAUAUUGAGGUGAUACCUUUUGAAUCUCCGAAAGAUGAUGAUCAUCAGCUGUACUUGCCAUGGAUCAAGUGGAAUGACUCUCAAGAAAAUUUAGAGAAUGAAUUGGAGGAAAAGUUUACACGAUUUGGUCUGAUACAUCGAGCGUCUGUUUACCGGAGUAGACUUAGCUUCAUAAAUGAAGUAGAAACUGACAACCUAUGGUAUGGUUAUGUUUCUUUCUACUCAACGUGGGAUUUUGAAAGAGCACUGCAUUCUGAUGGCAAGAUAAAAAUUGGAGAGAAGGAAAUUAAAAUAAUAAAGAAAAAAAAUAAUAGGCCUCAUAAGAGAAUAUUUCUUUCCGUUCACAAAGCCCAAAAUUUGCUUACUCAUUACUUUGGAUUUAAUUGCUGGACAUCCAAAGUUAUAUAUUUGGAGAGGGAGGAGGAGGUUAAUGUGCCUAAUGUUGUGCGAUAUAUAUGCAUGGUGCACAUAAAAUUGCCAAAAGAGGAGCUCUGCAGUGAAGGAGUGGGGACUGGAGAGGUCCCGUUGAAUAAUGCCUCUCCAGUGUCACGGGGAUAUGCAUUUUGCUGUGCAAGGAGAUUUGCAUAUCAUUCAGCACUGAAAGCAGCAUUCUCCAAAUUCAUUAUAAUCCGACUAAAGAAUGGUAAGGUGACAAUAGAAGUUGACACAACACAAUGCGAUCCCAUAAAAUAUCAUCCAGCUUGGGACGAAUCUCUUAUCAAGGUAAAUAAUGUCAAUUACGACCCAGAAGAAGAAGAAGAAUGUGAGGAAUUUGAGAAUAUUACCGAAGAACAAUUAGAAGAAUUCCUUAAUGCUUCUAUGUGAUUUGUGUAAUCUGUUAAUGAUUUCAUUGCCUAUAUCUGAUUUGUGCAAAUUUUUCCUGGAUCAUCAGUAGUUAUGGUAUAUUUUUUAAUUUAUAAUUUUUUUAUAUUUUCUGAAUUUUUUUUAUGAGUCAGUUCCUGCAUUUAAAGCAUACUGACAAUUGUUUUACAAGCCAUUGAUCUGUAGUAAAGCAUACUGACAAUUGUUUUACAAGCUCUUCGUCUGUAGUAAAGCAUACUGACAAUUGUUUUACAAGCUCUUCGUCUGUAGUAAAGCAUACUGACAAUUGUUUUACAAGCUCUUCGUCUGUAGUAAAGCAUACUGACAAUUGUUUUACAAGCCAUUGAUCUGUAGUAAAGUAUACUGACAAUUGUUUUACAAGCUCUUUGUCUGUAGUAAAGCAUACUGACAAUUGUUUUACAAGCUCUUUGUCUGUAGUAAAGCAUACUGACAAUUGUUUUACAAGCUCUUUGUCUGUAGUAAAGUAUACUGACAAUUGUUUUACAAGCUCUUCGUCUGUAGUAAAGCAUACUGACAAUUGUUUUACAAGCUCUUCGUCUGUAGUAAAGCAUACUGACAAUUGUUUUACAAGCCAUUGAUCUGUAGUAAAGUAUACUGACAAUUGUUUUACAAGCUCUUUGUCUGUAGUAAAGCAUACUGACAAUUGUUUUACAAGCUCUUUGUCUGUAGUAAAGCAUACUGACAAUUGUUUUACAAGCUCUUUGUCUGUAGUAAAGCAUACUGACAAUUGUUUUACAAGCUCUUUGUCUGUAGUAAAGCAUACUGACAAUUGUUUUACAAGCUCUUUGUCUGUAGUAAAGCAUACUGACAAUUGUUUUACAAGCUCUUUGUCUGUAGUAAAGCAUACUGACAAUUGUUUUACAAGCUCUUUGUCUGUAGUAAAGUAUACUGACAAUUGUUUUAUAAGCCCUUUGUCUGUAGUAAAGUGUACUGAUAGUUGUUUUACAAGUUCUUUGUCUGUAGUAAAGCAUACUGACAGUUGUUUUAGAAGCCCUUUGUAAUAAAGUGUACUGACAAUUUUUUCACAAGUCAUUUUUCUGCAUUUAAAGCAUACUGACAUAAUUUUUGCCUCAUUAUUCACUAAUCAUUUCUCUUCCUUCCUGCACCUAUCCUAUAAUUGCAUAUCUUUGCUGCAUAUGCUGACACUACAUUCUUAAGUUCAUCUUUUUGAUUUCCUCAUCAUUUUCUCUCAUUCUAGCAAACUUUCCCAAUAAUUUUUCUGUCAUUCGGCAAUAAUUUUCUUGAAUUCAUUGUUUUCAGUCACCUUUGGUUGCCUGGUGAGCAUUCUUUGUCUGAAUUUUUCUCUCACAGUUCCCCCUUUAUUGCAGAUUUAAUAGUGGUGGCACCAUAAGGGGCAAGGGGCUACAGCACCUCUAUAUAAAAAUUCCAGUAGCUCUCCCAAAGCCCCAAAUAAUAAAAUAAUAAUAAUAAUAGAAGUAUAAUAAUAAUAAUAAUAGAAAUAAUACUAAUACUAAAAAUAAUAAAGCUUCAAGGCAAGCCUCCUAGCACCCUCUUCCAUUUAGAUUGCCACCCCAAGCCCCUCCUGUAUAAAACUUAUAGAGGCACUCCUGAAACACUAUUUCUCAAUUGACACUGAUUUGCUACAUGAGCUGUGACUCCAGUCUUUCCUGCGGAUAUUCUUCCUUCACUACAUCCAUCUCUUCUACCCUUCUGCCCACUGUCUUUGUGACCUCUGUUAUCAUCCUUGUGAGUUCACCACUUUCCAUGAUUUUAUUAAUAUAAUUCAGUCACUAAUUUCUCCUUAUUGACUGUUACCAUUUUUGUAUUCCAUCUUUCUCUUGCUCUUUACUCUUUACUCUAGCUACAGUAUUAUUAACUAUUGAUCUGAUCAUGUUAAUUUAGUGAUGCAUUCCAUUAUAUUUUAAUAAAUCAGUCACUUUAA